UUUUCUGUUCCCUGGGGCCACAGUGUUUUCAACGGGACUCAACUUACCGGACUCGCCAUGGCCGCUUGACCCAGGCUAAAAUACCCUUCUUCCGUUAUUAUUUGUUCGAAACAUUUGUACAAACUUUUCCCAGAAAAAACUUUCGUCUUUUGUAUAGUUUUUUAUGUCAACGAAUAAGGAUGCAACCCCCACCGAGAAAGGUCCGGGUCACCCAGGAGCUGAAACACACUCACGCAGAGCAGAUGAGCCGAUUACACAUCAAACACCAGACAGAGUGUGACCUCCUAGAAGACCUGAGGACUUUUAGCCAAAAGAGGGCAGCUGUAGAGAGGGACUACGCCCAGGCCCUCCAGAAGUUGGCAAAUCAGUAUCUAAAGAGGGAAUGGCCGGACAGUCUGACAGAAGAACAAACCGACCACAGGAACAUGUAUUGUGUAUGGAGGGCCUAUUUGGAGGGUACGGUCCAGGUCACCCAGUCCAGAAUCAGCGCCUGUGAUAACUACAAAGUCCAAGUUGCUGAUCCAGCCAAGAUGGGCAGACUGCAGAAGGAACAGCAGCUGAGGAAGUGUAUUGAACAGCUGACGGUGGUUCAAGCUGAGCUGCAGGGGUCGGUGAAGGAGCUGACCAAGAGCAGGAAGAAGUACCAGGAGGCUGAGACGAUGGCACAGGCUGUCCGAGAGAAGGCAGAGCUGGACGCCAAGUCCAAGCUAAGUCUCUUCCAGUCCAGAUCCAGUCUUCAAAGGGCGAGUGUAAAGCUGAAAGCCAAGAGGAGUGAGUGCAACUCCAAAGCCACGCAUGCCAGAAAUGACUACCUUCUAAUGCUAGCAGCCGCUAACGCUCACCAGCAGCGCUACUAUGACACAGACCUCAUGGACUGCAUCAAGGUCUUAGAUGGAAAAAUCUAUGAGCAGGUAAAAGAUUACCUGGUCUCGCUGUGUCAGACUGAGCUGGAAACUUACCAGGCUGUCCACAACACCUUCAACCAGCUUUUAAACAGCUCCAGUGGGGUUCUGCAGGAGUUUCACCAGCAGCAGUUUGUACAGAAGAACCUCAUGUUCCAGCAAGCCCCGGACUUCUUGUACCAGCCCAGCGACUCAGAUACGGUGAUGCAGCUGCAGAAGGAGAGUGGAACGUCAGAGGAGCACAGUCUGGAUAAAGAGGCGAGGAAAUGGGCAAGCCGCGUGGCCCGAGAAUACAAGAGCAUCAUCCACACUCAGAGGGCCCUGGAGGAUUAUGGGACGCAGGAAUCAUCAGAGCAAAACAGUGAGCUGGAGACCAAGAUGGAGGUGGCCAGGCGGAGUCUUCGGAGAGCAGAGACAGUGAAAGUGAAAGCAGAGGCCCGUCUGGACUUGUUGAGGCAGGCAGGUGUUGCUGUUGAAACGUGGCUGAAGAGUGCCAUGAACCAGGUGAUGGAGGAGCUGGAGAACGAGCGCUGGAACAAUCUCAAUACCCAUGAUCCUUCACUCUCUGGGACAGCAGAUUUGGAACGAGAGGAUGAGGAGGAGAUGGAGGACAGUGGUGAAGUGUUAGACGACAGCAGCUCCAGCCCCUCCAGCACCUUGAAAAACUAUCCCCUCACCUGCAAAGUACUCUACUCCUACAAGGCGUCGCAGCCAGAUGAACUGACGAUUGAGGAGCAGGAAAUCUUGGAGGUCAUUGAUGAUGGAGACAUGGAGGACUGGGUCAAGGCCAGAAAUCGGAGCGGACAGGUUGGCUACGUCCCAGAGAAAUACCUGCAGCUUCCUUCCUCCAACAGUCUGCUGAGCAUGCUGCAGGCUCUUGCGGCACUGGAUGCCCGAUCCCAUUCCUCCAGUAACUCCACUGAGCCUGAAACCGAACUACCAACUGGCUCAAUCAACGGAGACUCCAGUGUGUCAUUUGCGAAGGCCCUGUACGACUACGCAGGACAAACGGAUGACGAGCUGUCGUUUCCAGAAGGUGCCAUCAUCCGCAUCCUGAGCAGAGAGACCCACGAGGAUGACGGUUUCUGGGAGGGAGAGUUUAACGGCGUCGUCGGCGUCUUCCCUGCAGUUCUGGUGGAGGAUCUCGCCGGCGCCAGCGAGAAUGGAGAUGGACAAAGAGAUGUCAGUGCACAGGCGUCCCCCUCCCCUUUGGCCCAGUGCGACCAAUCCCCUCGUAGUCCCUUCCAGCAGGGGCCUCUCCACAGCAGCCCCCUUCAGACGCCCACCAUGUCCUCACCUUUGUCAAGUCCCUGCAGCGCAACAGCUUCUCCCAUUGGCCGACCACCGUCCUAUCACAACGGACAUCACAGGCCACCACCAGCCCCCCACAAAAGCCCCUUUCAGAGUCCAACCCAAGGCUCCCCUCAACCUCCCAAAUACCCAGAGAGCAGCUCCAGCACCAUUCGACCUGUGAGUCAACACACAAUUAAUCGUUUGGUCCGACCAACAGUCCAAACCCCAAAGUUUACAGUCAUGUAAAACAGAGAGAACCUGGAAAUUAUCAUAUUUGAGAAUCUGGAACCAUCAAAUUUAGCAUUUUUGGUUUAUAAAAAAUAAAUGAUUAUUUGAU